GCUUGUCAAGCAUGUCAACGUCCAUUUGAUGUUGGCGAGAAAAAACACCAUUGCCGUGCAUGUGGUGGGGGAUUUUGCGACGAGUGCUCAUCCAAUCAGAAACCUGUGCCAGAACGAGGCUGGGGUACAGAACCUGUGCGUGUUUGCGAUAUCUGCUUCAAUGAMGAGCAARCRGACAGAGAACAACAUCCUGCAUUAGACUUGAGUGAAUUAUCAGAUGCAUUAGAAGAUGAMAGCAACCAAACCUUAGUCGACAAAACCCUGGGACCAAGAGCUGCUCGAAAAAUGAUCGAGGGUGUCCAGACAGCUGUKGAGACACUAGGGACUGCAUUAGACUACCCUCGAGAGAUACUAACAGAUGCAGCACGUCCAAGCUACUGGGUCCCAGACUCACAGAUCAGCGAGUGUUAUAUUUGUGAAACAGAGUUCAAGGUCAAGGACAAAAAACAUCACUGCAGGGCUUGUGGACAAGGRGUGUGUGACAAUUGCUCCAAGCAYCGAUUGCCUGUCCCCUCUAGGGGUUGGGACCAACCUGUUCGGGUGUGUGAUAAAUGUUUGAAAAGCAAGGAUUUAUAGCAUAUCAACAGUGGUCUUCCUGUGCUUUUCUGUCAGUAAAAAGACUGGACUUCAUUACAGAAAUAUUUGAGUUUGAGGACAAUAAUCUUGAAACGGUUUAAUACAUGUAUAUAAAGUUUAUGGUUUUAACAGGAGUCUGAUUCAAAACGAUUACUGUAUUAAACAAAUUAGUUUUGUUUUUAGUGUUUAGUAACGCCCUGUACAUAAAAAAUUCAUAAAGGAACUAUAGGAAACAUAUACAAGACUUGUUUUGAAUAUUGUAAUUAUUGUACUACAAAGUUACUAUUAAUACCAAGUUAUAACAAAAUAAACUUUGAUAAAUGACA